UAAAACUUGGAUAGGGCAGCGAGGACUUGCUUGCUCGUCGGAUUGGGAAGCGGGGAGAUCCUCGAUCGUGGACGUAGCGGAGGAGGAGCGAGGAGUGAUGGGCGACGGAGCGGAGGCGGAAGAAAGCGUUGGAGGCGGGCGGGAGGCGGGAGGAGAGAGGAGCGCUCCAGCAAUGGUCACGUUUCCGGACGCCCGGCGAAACCUCAACUCCAUCCCCCCCAUCAAGCUCGAGGCUGAAGACGCUGCCGACGACGCCACUCCUCAUACCAUGUGGCAGGUGUAUAUUCUAGGAGGAUUCUUGGUUCUUAGGUGGGUUUGGGCUAGAUGGAAAGAAAGGAAGGAGAAAGGAAGAGCACCAGAUGAUCCAUCUUCUUAGCCAGCUGUAAGAUAGAGAGUUUUACCAUUGGAAAUACCGCCAUAAGACGAGAUGAUUUCCAUGCAGUGUUGUUAUCAGAUGUACUCUUCUUUAUUAGUAUGUGUUCUGAUGGCUGGGAAGUAGUUAGUUUUCAGAUGUACUCUUCUUUAUUAGUAUGUUCCGAUGGCUGGGAAGUUGCAAGUUUUCAUACUGUUAUCGCACUUAAUAUUUUUGUUCGUUUAAGUCUAUUUUCUUGUUAACUGCUUUCCCAUCUAUGGUAUUGUAAAACUUUAGGCUGGUUGGUCAAUUUUUGGGGAAGCAUGAACUCGUGGUUUACCCCUCUCUGUA